AUGAUAGCACUACACAGGGCCAUCUUCGAUGCAGUAGUCGAAGCUAUCCGCAGGCCCGAGUUUGACGCUUCUCUGCCUCCUCUGUCGGACGCCACAUGGGCAAGGUUGCUCGCAAAUUCCGCCCUCAUGGAGAGGGAGCGCCUCGAGUUCCUGGGCGACGCUCUCAUGUACGCCACGAUUGGGACGAUUCUCUACAAACAGAUACCCAGCGGAAGUCCCCAUCUGUACACGAAUGUUCGUGGCGUCCUGCACUCUAAUGCCGUAUUCACGAAAGUGGCCGAGAAGCUUGACAUCCUGGCGGUCCCUGAUGUGGUCCUGAGAGCCUUGUCCAAGAUGGACUUUGGCGAGGGCGCGUCAGCCGCCUCGAACAAAUCCAAACCGGAAGUCAAGGCGACGGCUGACCUGUUCGAAACUGUCCUGGGCGCCUACUACCUCGAGAAGGGCUUCGGUCCGCUCUGUGAAUGGGUUCAAGGCAUCUACAAACCCCUGAUUGCUGUGGCAGAGAGGGCUUUCCGCGAAUGGUGA